GAGACUCCUCUGCGGCAGCUGGUGGCGCAGGUGGCCGGCGUGGACGCGCAGAGCGGCAGGCCCGCCACCGCAGCCCCGGCGCUCGCGGCCCGGCAGGCGACGGGACACCCUGAGACGUCCUCCCUGCCGCGGCGCCCUCCAGCCCGAGGCGUCCUCCCCGCUCGCGGCCUGGGAGCCCGAGCUCCUCCGCGCCUUGUAUCCCCUCGCCGCGCGCCGUCGCACCACUCCUGGGCUCGGGACCCCAGCCUCGCCCCCGAAACAUGACUCGCGAUUUCAAACCUGGAGACCUCAUCUUCGCCAAGAUGAAAGGUUACCCUCAUUGGCCAGCUCGAGUAGAUGAAGUUCCUGAUGGGGCUGUAAAGCCGCCCACAAACAAACUGCCCAUCUUCUUUUUUGGGACUCAUGAGACAGCUUUUUUAGGACCAAAGGAUAUAUUUCCUUACUCAGAAAAUAAGGAAAAGUAUGGUAAACCAAAUAAACGAAAAGGUUUUAAUGAAGGCUUAUGGGAGAUAGACAACAAUCCCAAAGUGAAAUUUUCAAGCCAACAGGCAUCAGCUAAACAGUCAAAUGCAUCAUCUGAUGUUGAAGUUGAAGAAAAAGAAACUAGUGUUUCAAAGGAAGACAGUGAUCAUGAAGAAAAAGCAAGCAGUGAGGAUAUGACUAAAGCAGUUGACAUAACCACUCCAAAAGCUGCCAGAAGAGGGAGAAAGAGAAAGGCAGAAAAAGUAGAAACCGAGGAGGAAGGAGUAGUGACAACAGCAACAGCAUCUGUUAAUCUAAAAGUGAGUCCUAAGAGAGGACGACCUGCAGCUACAGAAGUCAAGAUUCCAAAACCAAGAGGCAGACCCAAAAUGGUAAAACAGCCUUGCCCUUCAGAGAGUGACAUGGUUGCUGAAGAAGACAAAAGUAAGAAAAAGGGGCAAGAGGAAAAACAACCUAAAAAGCAGCCUAAAAAGGAUGAAGAGGGCCAGAAGGAAGAAGAUAAACCAAGGAAAGAGCCAGACAAAAAAGAGGGCAAGAAAGAAGUUGAAUCAAAAAGGAAAAAUUUAGCUAAAACAGGGGUUACAUCAACCUCUGAUUCUGAAGAAGAGGGAGAUGAUCAAGAAGGUGAAAAGAAGAGAAAGGGUGGAAGGAACUUCCAGACUGCUCAUAGGAGGAAUAUGCUGAAAGGCCAGCACGAGAAGGAAGCUGCAGACCGAAAACGCAAGCAAGAGGAACAAAUGGAAACUGAGCAUCAUAAUAUAUUGGUGGAGGAAGAAUGCAAGAAAUACUUUUACCUGUCAGACCAGCAAGCCUGCCCCUAAAGAACAGCAGAAACAGCAAAAGCACAGUUGGAAACCCAGGAAGCCAGUAAAAGUAAAUCCAAAGGCUAACAGGGUUUACAUUCAGUGUGUACAAUAUAAGUCAAUUCAGAUCUGUUUUCCCUUAAAGUUUGAUACUUGGAUAUUUACUUCCCAUGGGGAAUUUACCCUUCAUUGUAUAAUUUUAUUAAUAGAAAUCAACAAUGGUAAAUGAUGACUAGAUUUUGUCUUUAUUACAUUUGUUUUCCUAGUUACUUUUAGACUGUCCCUUCUGAAUUUUCUCUGAAACAUUUCAUUCCUUGUGAAGUAUCUUACCACUAAGUUUUUUUAUUGUUAUUUAGUCAGGAGCUAAUUUUUAAAACAUGCUAAGACAAGUUAAUGAUAAUCAGUGAAACUUUUAAACAGUUCUUGAAGUUUUUCCUUUAUACUACAUCUGUAAGCUAUCGCUGUAGGGCCAGCAUUUACCUCAGCAUCCUUAAUUGUUUGGAGGAUUUAUGAGCAGUUUUAGCUGCUUGAGGGAGUAAUUUAAUAUCUAAAGCUCACAAAUGUUACUCCCAAUGACUUUGAACAUUUCUGUAAAUAUUUUUUGUUACGUAUCCUUUUCUAUCUUUUCAGUGGAAAGUUGUUGGACUGUUUGUUGCCUUUAAUUUUAUUGUGCUCCCAAAAAUAAGAUAUAAAGUUAGUUGUUGCUUAGUAAAUCAGCACAGUUCUUCUUUAGUAUCUCAAAAUUAUCUUUAUGUAUUUCAGUUUCUUAUGAAUGUCCUCCAAUGUAACUUUCUCAAAUUCUAAUAU